AUCAGUUUUGUCGAAAUAAAUUUAGUCUCGCUCAAAGCUUAAAGUAAGCAAGUUUAACUUGAAAUAUUAUAAUUAAUUGUGCCCAGAUUUUAGUGCAGAUAUAAACUGAAAUGAAAUUCUUCGCUGUAAUUUUGGCAAUUUUCGCGUUGAUCGUCUCUACACAGGCGCUCAAGGAUGCUAUUUGUGGUCAACCACCCGAAGCUGAUGGCAAUGGCAUAAUCAAGUGUGCUGCUUUUGUGCCCUCAUGGACCUACGAUGCCAAGGCUAAUAAUUGUUAUAGUUUCGUUUAUGGCGGCUGUGGUGGCAAUGAAAAUCGUUUCGGUACAAAGGAAGUGUGUGAACAAAAAUGCAAGGAAUAGAGUACACUGUGUUGGAUGUUUGAAAGUUUGAAUAAAUAACUCUGGAUAGUGUCAGUCUGUGAUUUCGAAAUAAAUGUCUUUUUUCCCUAAAGGCUGUGGGAUGCAAAUAAGUUAUGAAAUACUUA